UUUUGUGGGGUCUCCAAUUAAAAGGCCGACGUUUCGUGUAUCUCCUCUUUCUCACUCUCUCUAGUCUAUGCACACACACGCAGACAAACAGUGCUGCUUUAAGAAGUAUCGGUCAUGGCGAGCAGCUCCAGUAUACGAAUGAUAGACAUCGCUGUUAACUUCACUGAUAGUAUGUUCAGAGGAAUGUACAAUGGGAAGCAAUAUCACGUGGCUGAUAUUGCCACGGUGCUUAGUAGGGCUUGGAGCGCCGGCGUCGAUCGGAUUAUUGUGACUGGAGGCUCUCUCGAGGAGUCAAAGGAAGCUCUUGCUAUUGCUGAAACUGAUGCAAGACUUUUCUGCACAGUUGGUGUGCACCCGACAAGAUGUAAAGAAUUUGAUGACAGCGGUGACCCGGAGAAACAUUUUGAGGCUCUUUUGUCAUUGGCUAAAGAGGGAGUUGAGAAAGGCAAAGUGGUCGCAAUUGGAGAAUGUGGACUGGAUUAUGACAGGCUUCACUUCUGCCCACCUGAAAUUCAGAAGAAGUACUUCGAGAAGCAAUUUGAAUUAGCAUAUGCUACGAAGUUGCCAAUGUUUCUCCACAUGCGAGCAGCUGCUGAAGAUUUCUGCAAUAUUCUUGAGCAAAACAAACAUAGGUUCUGCUCUGGGGUUGCUCACUCUUUUACUGGCAGUGCCCAAGAUCGCGACCGGCUUCUUUCUUUCAGUGAUCUAUACAUAGGUGUAAACGGAUGCUCUCUGAAGACUUCUCAGAACCUUGACGUUGUAAAAGGAAUUCCCCUUGAACGUAUGAUGAUCGAGACAGACUCACCAUACUGUGAAAUCAAGAAUUCACACGCGGGGGUUAAUUUUGUGAAAUCUUCAUGGCCUUCGAAGAAGAAGGAGAAAUAUGAUCCAGAUUGCAUUGUCAAAGGUCGCAAUGAACCAUGUUUAGUUCGGCAAGUACUUGAGGUGGUUGCUGGCUGUAAAGGUAUUGCAGACGUCGAUCAACUCAGCAAAACCUUGUACCACAACACCUGCAGGGUUUUCUUCCCACAGGAUUUGGACUCCGCAGCAGAUGCUCUUCUUGCUGGUGGUCAGAGUGCUAGUUGAAGAUUUUGCAUAAUCAUUGCGGAAGAAAUCAACUUAAUGCUGAGCUGAAAUAUUUUGUAACCCUUUAAUGUUGGCAAAGAAUUGUUUCUCUCUUCUUAAAAUUAACACAGGACUCGAUAAAGAAAUUUUUCUUAGUAGAGUUAAAAAUAAUGAAACAGUACCAAAACUUUCAAACUGCAGAGAAGGCGGCAUAGGACUAUUCUCUCACGCAUGUGAUGUAUAUUUUCCUUGUAUUUGUUUGUAACCGCAAUGCUGCUGCUGCACUGUGGGAGCUGUCAUUGCAAAUGUGAUUCUUUUUUUGGCACAAUUUUCACUAAUUUCAUAGCGCUGGGAACAAA